UUCUACCAAAGUGAAAGAUGCGAAAACCGUUCCACGGUCGCUGUUUCACCCGGUCAUUAGGAAAGUGAACACACUCAGAUGUAAACAAGAGAAAAACAUGGCUUCGCCCUUGAUCAGGUGCUUCUCAAAGGUUGGUAGGCAGGUGUCCCGACCAUGGAGUGUGUGCCAACAUGGGCUGCGGAACAGAUCCACCCAACCAGACAUGUCUGCAGAGCAGGCUGCUGCUCUGGGGGUCUCCUACCCUCCACUACAGACAUAUUCUGAGGAGGAGGGGAUGAUGAGGGAUGCUGUGAACAAGUUUGCACAGGAGCGUCUUGCCCCGUUUGUGUCAAAGAUGGACGAAAACUCUCUCAUGGACCCGGAAGUGAUAAAGUCACUCUUUGAACAGGGGCUGAUGGGCAUAGAGAUCGACCCAGAGUACGGAGGAACCGGCUCCACGUUCUUCUCCUCCAUCCUGGUCAUUGAGGAGCUGGCCAAAGUGGACGCCUCCGUGGCCGUGCUGUGUGACAUCCAGAACACCCUCAUCAACACGCUGUUCACCAAGCUGGGGACCGCAGCCCAGAAAGAGCGGUAUCUCAGCCGGCUGUCAACAGACAUGGUUGGUAGUUUCUGCCUGUCAGAAGCAGAGUCGGGGAGCGAUGCCUUCUCUCUGAAGACGCGCGCUGACAAACAUGGAGACUAUUACAUCAUCAACGGUUCCAAGAUGUGGAUCAGCAAUGCAGAGCAAGCCGGGGUGUUUCUGGUGAUGGCCAACGUGGACCCGUCUGCUGGUCACCGAGGUAUCAGCUGCUUCGUCGUGGACAGAGACACCGAGGGGCUUCAGAUCGGCAAGAAGGAGAACAAACUGGGUCUGAGAGCUUCUUCAACCUGUCCUCUCAACCUGGAUAACAUCAAGGUUCCUGAGAAGAACGUCUUGGGUCAGAUCGGCCACGGAUACAAGUACGCCAUCGGCAUGCUGAACGAAGGCAGGAUUGGGAUCGCUGCUCAGAUGCUGGGACUGGCUCAGGGUUGCUUCGACCAGGCCGUUCCCUACACCAGACAGAGGGUUCAGUUUGGCAAACGCAUCUUCGACUUCCAGGCCAUGCAGCACCAGAUCGCCCAUGUAGCCACCCAGAUAGAGGCUGCCAGGCUGCUUACCUACAACGCUGCCCGGCUGAAGGAGGCAGGACGACCUUUCAUCAAGGAGGCCUGCAUGGCCAAGUACUUCACCUCAGAGGUGGCAACGUUGACCACUUCAAAAUGCAUCGAGUGGAUGGGAGGGGUAGGCUUCACCAAAGACUACCCUGUUGAGAAGUACUACAGAGAUUGUAAAAUAGGUACCAUUUAUGAGGGCACAACCAACAUCCAGCUGUCCACCAUGGCCAAGUUUAUAGACAAGGAGUAUGAUCACUGACCUCCUGACCUGGUCUGGCUGUUUCCUCAUCGUGUAGACUGAUCUCCUGACCAGGACCUCCUGCCCUGGUCUGGCUGUUUCCUCAUCGUGUAGACUGAUCUCCUGACCUGACCUCCUGCCCUGGUCUGGCUGUUUCCUCAUCGUGUAGACUGAUCUCCUGACCUGAUCUCCUGACCUGGUCUCCUGACCGUAUCCUCAGCAUGGAGCCUGACCUCCUGACCUGACCUCCUGACCUGGUCUCCUGACCGUAUCCUCAGCAUGGAGCCUGACCUGACCUCCUGACCUGGUCUCCUGACCGUAUCCUCAGCAUGGAGCCUGACCUCCUGACCUGAUCUCCUGACCUGGUCUCCUGACCGUAUCCUCAGCAUGGAGCCUGACCUCCUGACCUGACCUCCUGACCUGGUCUCCUGACCGUAUCCUCAGCAUGGAGCCUGACCUCCUGACCUGACCUCCUGACCUGAUCUCCUGACCGUAUCCUCAGCAUGGAGCCUGACCUCCUGACCUGGUCUCCUGACCGUAUCCUCAGCAUGGAGCCUGACCUGACCGACCUCCUGACCUGGUCUCUUGACCUGAUCUCCUGACCUAGUCUCUUGACCGUAUCCUCAGCAUGGAGCCUGACCUGACCUCCUGACCUGAUCUCCUGACCGUAUCCUCAGCAUGGAGCCUGACCUGACCUCCUGACCUGAUCUCCUGACCGUAUCCUCAGCAUGGAGCCUGACCUCCUGACCUGACCUCCUGUCCUGGUCUCCUGACCGUAUCCUCAGCAUGGAGCCUGACCUCCUGACCUGACCUCCUGACCUGGUCUCCUGACCGUAUCCUCAGCAUGGAGCCUGACCUGACCGACCUCCUGACCUGGUCUCUUGACCUGAUCUCCUGACCUAGUCUCUUGACCGUAUCCUCAGCAUGGAGCCUGACCUGACCUCCUGACCUGAUCUCCUGACCGUAUCCUCAGCAUGGAGCCUGACCUGACCUCCUGACCUGAUCUCCUGACCGUAUCCUCAGCAUGGAGCCUGACCUCCUGACCUGGUCUCCUGACCGUAUCCUCAGCAUGUAGACUGACCUGACCUCCUGACCUGAUAUCCUGACCGUCAUACACUCCUCUGUGACCAACUGGAUUUGAUCACUCGUUGUUGAACUGUUGUGGGAUUUAGGGCUCUAUUCAAUCUGAAUGGUUGGAAGUUCAGCGUUUUACAGCAUGAUAUGAACAUUUUAAAGGCCAUGUUCCCGGGUUAGUGGAGACCGUAAACAACCUGUACCACUUCAGCCACCCAGACUGAAUAGAGCCCUUAGUGUCAGACAUUACUGUAGAGGUCAAUGGUGAACCACUGCUGACUGUAUAGUACUAGAGGAAGCUCCAUAAUCAUGUUCACUUCGCAUCUGAUGCUUUCCACUAUGGAUGGAUUGAUGGUUACUGGUUCCAGACCUGGAGAUAGAUGGUGUAAACAGUUGGAAACACCAUGGUGUUUUGGAACAACUGUUUCCAGACCUGGAGAUAGAUGGUGUAAACAGUUGGAAACACCAUGGUGUUUUGGAACAACUGGUUCCAGACCUGGAGAUAGAUAGUGUAAAGUAGCUCUGGUGGUUUCAACUGGUUCCAGACCUGGAGAUAGAUGGUGUAAACAGUUGGAAACACCAUGGUGUGUUGGAACAACUGGUUCCAGACCUGGAGAUAGAUGGUGUAAACAGUUGGAAACACCAUGGUGUUUUGGAACAACUGGUUCCAGACCUGGAGAUAGAUGGUGUAAACAGUUGGAAACACCAUGGUGUGUUGGAACAACUGGUUCCAGACCUGGAGAUAGAUGGUGUAAACAGUUGGAAACACCAUGGUGUGUUGGAACAACUGGUUCCAGACCUGGAGAUAGAUGGUGUAAACAGUUGGAAACACCAUGGUGUUUUGGAACAACUGGUUCCAGACCUGGAGAUAGAUGGUGUAAACAGUUGGAAACACCAUGGUGUGUUGGAACAACUGGUUCCAGACCUGGAGAUAGAUGGUGUAAACAGUUGGAAACACCAUGGUGUUUUGGAACAACUGGUUCCAGACCUGGAGAUAGAUGGGGUAAACAGUUGGAAACACCAUGAUGUGUUUUGGAACAACUGGUUCCAGACCUGGAGAUAGAUAGUGUAAAGUAGCUCUGGUGGUUUCAACUGUUUCCAGACCUGGAGAUAGAUAGUGUAAACAGUUGGAAACACCAUGGUGUUUUGGAACAACUGGUUCCAGACCUGGAGAUAGAUAGUGUAAAGUAGCUCUGGUGGUUUCAACUGGUUCCAGACCUGGAGAUAGAUGGUGUAAACAGUUGGAAACACCAUGGUGUUUUGGAACAACUGGUUCCAGACCUGGAGAUAGAUAGAUAGUGUAAAGUAGCUCUGUUGGUUUCAACUGUUUCCAGACCUGGAGAUAGAUGGUGUAAAGUAGAUCUGGUGUUUUCAACUGGUUCCAGACCUGGAGAUAGAUAGUGUAAAGUAGCUCUGGUGUUUUCAACUGGUUCCAGACCUGGAGAUAGAUGGUGUAAAGUAGCUCUGGUGUUUUCAACUGGUUCCAGACCUGGAGAUAGAUGGUGUAAAGUAGCUCUGGUGGUUUCAACUGUUUCCAGACCUGGAGAUAGAUGGUGUAAAGUAGCUCUGGUGGUUUCAACUGUUUCCAGACCUGGAGAUAGAUGGUGUAAAGUAGCUCUGGUGGUUUCAACUGUUUCCAGACCUGGAGAUAGAUGGUGUAAAGUAGCUCUGGUGUGUUGGUACAACUGUUUCCAGACCUGUUGAUAGAUAGUGUAACAUAGCUCUGGUGUGUUGGUACAACUGUAUCCAGACCUGGAGAUAGAUGGUGUAAAGUAGCUCUGGUGUUUUCAACUGGUUCCAGACCUGGAGAUAGAUAGUGUAAAGUAGCUCUGUUGGUUUCAACUGUUUCCAGACCUGGAGAUAGAUGGUGUAAAGUAGCUCUGGUGUUUUCAACUGGUUCCAGACCUGGAGAUAGAUAGUGUAAAGUAGCUCUGGUGGUUUCAACUGUUUCCAGACCUGGAGAUAGAUGGUGUAAAGUAGCUCUGGUGUUUUCAACUGUUUCCAGACGUGGAGAUAGAUGGUGUAAAGUAGCUCUGGUGUGUUGGUACAACUGUUUCCUGACCUGUUGAUAGAUAGUGUAACAUAGCUCUGGUGUGUUGGUACAACUGUUUCCAGACCUGUUGAUAGAUAGUGUAACGUAGCUCUGGUGUGUUGGUAUUGUUAAGUGUGUUCAACAGUUUUCCCCUACCACAGUACCUUGUGCUUUUUUACAAACGAAUAAGAAUACAUCAUGUUAAUUCAACAGUAUUGGUAUGAUUAUUUACUCAUCUGAUUUUAAAUAGUCUCGUAACAAAUCAGUGCCUUUCAUCCCAGCAUAGUUUGUUGUUUAUUUUGAAACACCAUAAGAUAUAAUAUAAUACCUCCGUUAGCUGUCGUCUGUUGGGUGGUUUCGGCUCUACUGUUGUCACGGUAACCAUGUUUACUACGGUGGAGUCGAUCCAUCCUGUCUUUCAGCACUCUUACUUUGUUUUAAAGAUAUAUCUGGGGAAUUCGUUUCAAGAGAUUGUCUACGUUUUUACUAUUCAUCAACUUCUUUGACCAUACUAAUAAAUAUUGAAUAAGUGUU